AUUUAAUAUUAGAAUCAUUACAACCUUGCAUACUGUUGGGUUGUUUGUUAUAUAAAAAUGAUUUCAUUAUAUGAUGCUUUGUGUGUGGUAAAAUCUUAAUCUGAAAAGAUAUGCCACUGAAAUCAUUUAUAGACGUUUGCUGUGUUUUAUUAUAAUCAGUUAAUAAACUGAGAAAAAAAUAAACUGAGUUAAAAAAAAAAACGUUGUAAUUUAAAUGAUUAAAUUCCAAUUAUGCAAUAUAAAACUCAAAGAAAAACAAUUAUGUCCUUUCCCUGUCUUUAAAAGGUGAAUUUCAAAACUGAUUUUCAAAAUUUAUUUCAAAAGGGUCUAAACUUUUUUUUUAUUCCAUUUGUUUGAUGUGUCUGGAUGUCAUAUUAGUAAAAAUGAAGAAAUUAAUUAAAUGAAUAAAUAAAUAAGAUUUUUUGGGUAAGAUGAAAUACCUUUUUCUAAAAUUCAACACUUAGGUCAAGCAAUGAUCCAACAAUAACAAGUAGCCUACAACUAUAACUACUUCUCUUGCUGGUUUACGCAAUAGACAUUUGAAUUUUAUGUCAUUAGAAAUGUUUACAGUGGGAGCCAUGGGCAAACGGCGCCACCACAUGUCCGAGCAGGGAAUGACAGCGAGGCUACACGUUGAGCACAUCUGUCCCGCCCUGAAUUGAAACUUUGGCGGUGCUAGCAUCGAGGUGCUCGGUGUUAGACAUAACAAUAAGCGGACGGGCGGGGCUUCUUAUUUUUAAACCGAUACUCAUACAUACACUCCGCCCGUCGCAACGCAGAGGACGCUGUGAAGAAAAUCGAACGACUGACUAUGACGCAAAGGCUUUCCUUCAAAAACAUUCGAGUUCGAGGAAGUAAACGGAGUGGAGAAAUAGGUUAACCCCAAGACCAAUGUUACACAUUAUUUUGUAAAUAACACUGUAUUAGCUUGUAAGCAGCAGUAGUUAAAUGUCUAACGUAGCCACAGAGGUCAGUAGAUAUGUAAUUCUUAGCUGACAUUCAUAGCUUGACACAGCGUAACAUAGCUGUGGUUAGCUAAUAGCUACUACUACCUUCACAUAGCAAACAUGUCUAGUAAAAUAUAACUUUUCAUGGCAGUCAUUUAGCGCUGGCUGGCAGUAAUGACAAUGAACAUAUCCGGUCCUGUCAUGAGUAACGUUACAGACACAGGUAGAAAGAAAAUCUCCCGGACAAUAUUGGACUAGCAGGUGACUGUUAGCCGGCUGUGUAGUGUCAUAAACAUUGGCUUCAAUGGAGAGGUGCAGCGAGGAAGAUGGAGCUCAUGAUGAAGUGAAUGGAGACCAGGCAGCCGGUUGGAUUGUGAGGACAGACAGGUUGGAGGCUGGAGAAGAGCUGGAAACGACAGCAUCCCAGGGUGGAUUACCUUUUAUGGACAUUACUGGACCUACGAUACCAAGUGGUGUGAUGCCUGAGGGCCAAGCAGGAGUCUUGGAGCCAGAGAGGGAUGAGAGCAUAGCUGCUCCCUCUGUGUCUCCCUCCAGCAUCAUGGACACCUGCGGUCCUUCCAUGUCAAGCAUCUCCUCCUCCUUGUAUUCAUCCAGCCAUCAUCAUACCAAUUUUUCUUCCCCAUCCUCAUCUUCCUCUUCCUCUGUCCUGUCUCUGACUCCACCCUUGCCUCCCUCUGUGGAGCUCUCAGCUGUGUUGACUGAUACAAGGCUGACCCUGGAUGUGUACCAGGGAGGAGCCUCUGCACUGCCACUGCUAUGGGCGUCCAUCCCCGGGCAGCUGAAGGGCCUCCAGUACCUGAGACUGGGCUCUGAAGAUAAACCAGGGCUAGAUGAUGCACUGGAUGUCGUACCCCAUCUGACAGAGCUGUGCUCACUGGCUAUUCGGGGACACCGUUUCUAUGACUCGCAAGGUGAUCCGCUGCCCGGCCUCCUCACCACUUUGCCCACAACUCUUUCCACCCUGUCUCAUCUGGUGCACCUGGAUCUCUCCUUUAACCAGCUCUCCUCUCUGCCCUCGUGCAUGUUCAGCAUCCCUGCGCUGACUUCCUUGCUUCUCUGUCACAAUUGCCUCUCAGCUUUGCCUCCUGAUUUAGGCCAGCUGUCCUCCCUUACCUACCUCUCCCUCCUGGGGAACGAGCUUGUCUCUCUUCCCCCGAGUCUGGGUCAGCUGAAAGCACUACAGACACUGGAUGUUUCACAUAAUCUCCUCCAGCAUCUGCCUGAUGAAAUUGGUUCUCUGGAGGACCUUGUUAAGCUGGAAUUGUCCCACAACAAGCUGAAACGGCUACCAGAGACCAUGGGCUCUCUCCUUUCGCUCAGGGAGCUUUUCAUCUACAGCAAUGACUUCCGUCUGAUCCCCCAUUGUCUGAACAAACUGCCUCUGCUGAAAAUAGAUGUGCGUGACAAUCCUUUGGGGCAACCCCCGACCCCUCCUCCUCUCCCUCCUACACCUGAUCUAGCUGAACCAAAAAUUCCAGAGUUGCACCUCGGAUUUAAGCAACACAGUUUCUGUGUUUCGUCUGCUGGGUGUCAUGUGUUUCUCCCAGGGGGGGCUGAGCUGCUUUUCCCCCCGGGGUGCCUGGAGAAAACCACAAGGCUGGAGUGGUGUGAGAAAAGGCCAGAAAGGAAGUGGGUUUGGUUGGAGGAACAUGAGAUCCUACUGAGUCGUCCUCUGGAACUUCGUCCCCAUGGAAUUACAUUUCUUAAGCCUGUGGAAGUAUGUGUGCCGUAUCAUCGGGCUAAAAGAAGGGAGGUGGUCGUGCGGAGGUUUGACGGACAUUCAUGGAGCACUCUGCCCACUGAUCUAAGGAGGGGAAGCGACAACCAUAGCAGUCACCCCGGAGGACGUCCAGCCAAGUUGGCGUGCUGCUCAGUGCGCCAGUUCUCCUGGUUUAUGGCAGUGUCCUGUCCAGUGAAGGACAGUUGCUCUGUUACAUCAGCUGGAGCCCUGCUGGUGUCCAGCUCUGACCCCGGAAUCAAGCUCCACUUCCCGCCAGACUCUACCGUACAGACCCGCACCAUAACGUUACAGGUGUUGCAGGUGUCUGUGUCAGAGGUACAAACACUAUGUGGCGAUCCUCAGGCCAGGGUCAGCCCUCUCCUUUGCCUCUCCCAGACUCCUAACAUACAUUUCCUGCAGCCUGUCAAAGUUCAGAUCCCACUGCCACCUGGAGUCACAGGCCAUACAGUUGAUACGACCUGUUUGCAUCUGCUCCAUGGAGACCCCACUGCCCAAACCUGGACUGAUAUCACAUCACAAGUGUCUCUCUACGUCACUCAUUUGUAUGCCAUUUUCUACAUAACACAUUUCUCCUGGUACUGGCUGUGGUACACCACUCAGCGCUGUGUUAGUGGGGUGGUCAGAAAGGUCUAUCAAAGACUAAAACAGUUUAAGGUCCAGUUCCUCGUCCUCCAGCGGAAGACUGAUCCCUCACAAGUUUUGUUACAGUGUUUACCUGCUAACAAGGUGGAAGGCAGAGUGCAGUCUCUGUCAGAGCAGUAUGAUGGACCUCAGCCUUCAGACCUGUGUGACCUGCUGGAAGGAGAGCAGUUCUUUGCCGGCUUUGAGAGGGGCUUAGAUAUCAGUGCAGACAGACCAGACUGUGUGCACGGAAGACUGUGUUUUGAGUUUUACUCCAGCCUGAAGAAUCUGAAGGAAGUGUACAUCUGUCCAGCUCUGGGUCAGAGUGGGCCAGUGAGGGGACAAGUAAGACGGACAUCAUAUUCAGCAGACGAAAGAGUGCAGUGGCUGGAAAUGUAUCUUUUUAUAGAGGAGAGAUUCCCAGCAAUCUGCCAGAGGAAGUGGCACGAAAGAGGAAAGGACAUGACAGCCAGUGGCUUGCAACUUUACCACUAAGACUUCCUGCUCUAAACUCGGACAACAGUUACAUCAUGGAGGAGCUCCAGCAUCCUCCUCUGAACCUAGGUGACCCUGAGAGCGGCUAUCUGACAGAAGCCAACCUGCUGUCCAUCUCUCUUCAGAUAGGACAGGACUGGCGUGUCAU